GCGAUGAUGGUGAAAUUUUCCUGCUCAACGUGCGGGGAGUAUCUAUGUCAUACUUAGUUGUCUUCUCUGAUAAAUCUCGAGGGAGUUGGGAAAGUUGUCGUCUUACAUACCAUUAUCGCAUACCGUCACCUUUUUGUGCCAAAAACAUCAUACAUCAUGGGCCUCGACAGAGAAGCAGAAUUCUUGAACGUGCUUGUGCUCGCAAGCUUGUUCUACAACACACUCAAGGCUUUUGACAACAUUCACAGCUCGUUCAAUGAGUUCAAGGAUGAGAAGGUUUACCUGGCCCAGCUCGGUAUCGAGCAAGCAAGACUUCUGAUCUGGGGUGAGCAGAUGGGAAUCUUCUCGCUGCCACCUUCUUUGACAUUCAUGGAGACCGAGGAGGGCAAGCAAAACAUGACCCCUCGCGACCCUCGCCUCGACGACGACGAAGUCAGAGUCAACCUCGAGGGCUUGAUGAACAGCAUCAUCCACACACUCAGUAACCCCAACGACAACGACAGCGAUCUCGACACCACUGGUUUGAGACCGUUGCCCCGCAGUGGCGCACAAGCUCUGGAGCAGCCUGCCGCUGACCUUACGCGCAUGAAGAACUUUGAAGAGUCGUACAAGCACCUUCUCGACUUGGGUUCCAACAAGGUUUCAGUCAAGAGACCAACAAACUCGGUGACAUCGCAGCAGUGGGUCAUCCACGACACUCUCCGCUUCUCCAACUUCGUCAAGUCAACCAAGCGUCAGGUCGACACUCUGCUUAUGGCCCUCAACAUCAACGACAGAGUCGAGAACAUCCUUCUCGGUGACAUUCGCGAUCUGGGCAAGCAUGCUGGUGGCUCUCCCAACAGCAAGCCUUCGCCGUUGGCAGUCAAGGAUAUGGCUAAGCUGAAGCUCCUCAUCAGAGCAUGUAAGGGUCGCUACCCGGGUCUCUUGAACGAGGCUCAGCAGACAUUCAACAACCUCCAGAAGGGUGUCAGUCAAGAGCAUGACAUGGCUGCCAAGGUACACAAGCUCCUUGAGCCUGUCCACCCCGACUCAGCAGUUGGCAGUGCCACAAACAGCGGCGCUGCAACACCCGAGAAGAGACCUGGAUUCAUCCGCAGGCUGAGCACCCAGACAUGGAACAAGCUGCCUGGCAGAAAGACACCCGGCUCGAGCAGACCUGCUAGUCCUGAGAGAAGCAGAUCCUUUGGUGGACGCAAGACUCCUGGAACCAGCAAACCUGUGACACCGGCAGCCAGCAGACCCGCAAGUCCAGUCCGCGAAUAAGGGGUUGAAACGCAUAAGACGAAUUGAACGACCAAAGUACAGAGAAAGAGAAGGACAUGAGUAUGGUAUGAAGGAGAUUGGGACGAGAUAUCGAGGUUGACGAGAAACGGAU